CCCCUGGCGGUUUUUUCUGUGGUGAGGUGAAGAAACGCAUCCUCGCUGCUCCCAGCCUGCCUUUCAACAGGUUAAUUAUUUCAUUAAGGCAAAUGUCUGGAAUUAGCAGGAGUUAGUUGCUGGGCUCUGCCUACACCGUCUGUCUCGUGUGUCAGCCGCCGGAUAGACGUCGGCAGGGCGAACUCUGGAAACUCCUUUGCAAGACCAGGGUGAUGUGAGAAGGAGCCCGGCAUGCCGUACUUGGAUCGACAGAACCGUAUCUGCGGGUUCCUGGACAUUGAAGAAAAUGAGACCUGCGGCAAGUUUCUGCGGAGGUAUUUCAUCCUGGACACCCAGGCCAACUGCCUCCUGUGGUACAUGGACAACCCUCAGAACCUGGCUAUCGGUGCGGGCGCUGUCGGAUCUCUGCAGCUGACCUACAUCUCCAAGGUUAGCAUCGCCACCCCGAAACAGAAGCCGAAAACUCCGUUCUGCUUCGUUAUCAAUGCGUUAUCUCAGCGCUAUUUCUUACAAGCCAGCGAUCAGAAGGACCUGCAGGACUGGGUGGAGGCACUGAACCGGGCCAGUAAGAUUACGGUGCCAAAGGGCGGCAGCGUCCCACCGGCCGCGGAGAUCGCGAAGCCUCCAGUGGUGCCCCAGGCCCAGGAGAGAAAGCCCCAGGUGGCCUACAAAACCGAGAUCAUUGGGGGGGUGGUGGUCCACACGCCCAUCUCUAUCAACCAGAACGGAGGGGACGGAGGGGAGGGCAGCGAUGUGGCCGCCCACCCGCUGCUGCGGCGCUCGCAGAGCUACAUCCCCACCUCGGCCACCAAGCCGCCCGCCGGGCCCCCCAUCCUCAAGAGCGGCUACUGCGUGAAGCAGGGGAACGUGAGGAAGAGCUGGAAGCGCCGGUACUUUGUUCUGGAUGAAUUUUCCAUCAGUUACUACAAGUGUGAGCAGGACAAGGAGCCCUUGCGCUCGAUUCUUCUGAAGGAUGUCUGCAAGACCCACGAGUGCCUGGUCAAGUCUGGUGACCUCCUGAUGCGGGACAACCUCUUUGAAAUCAUAACGAGCUCCAGGACCUUCUACAUCCAGGCAGACAGCCCUGAGGACAUGCACAGCUGGAUCCGAGUAAUCACAGGGGCAGUCCAGGCCCUGAAAACUCGCCCGAGGGAAAUGUCCUUCAUGAGAUCCACCUCCAUGGUGAAGCCCGGGGGCUCCUCGGCCCUCUCCCAGCAGAGGCAGGCGGCAGAGGAGAGGAGAGCGCUGUGCAAAGCCCCUUCCACCUCCUCCUGGCAGCCCUGGACGCCGGUUCCGCAGGCAGCGGGGAAGCAACCGGUGCUGGAGGAGGUGCCCGCGCCGCUGAGAGACUCGGUGUUCGUGCCGGCCUUCACGGAGCGCGACGCCGGCGCCGUGCUGGGCAAGCGCGUGCGGCACAAGUCGGAGCCGCAGCAUCUCAAGGAGAAGCCGUUCGCCUUCGACCUGGACGAUGAAACCAUCCGGACCUCCGACGUCUGACCGGGCACCGAACCAUCCCCCGGCUCCGCGUGCCGCCUCCCCGGCUGCCGGGGGUCCCCGCGGGGCGGUGCGGGGCGCGCAGCCGCACCGUGUCCGCGACGGCCGGUCUCCGUGUAUCCGCUCAGCGCCUCGGACCGAGCUCACCCCGUCAUCUCGUCGGGGGUGAGGUGGCCCCUUCCCUCCACCGCUGCUCUUCCCUGCGAUACAGGAUCCGGCCGGACCCGCGUCCCGGUGCCUCGCUCUGCCGGGAAGCGGAGUCCCUGCCCGCUCCUGCCUGUGUUUUGCCCCGGGCGGCUCCGUGUUUCGGAAGCCGCCUCCGGGCAGGGCGACCUGCGGGCACCUCGUGCUGCCAUCGCUCGCUGUGCGGGGCGGGAAGCGCUGGUUCCUGGCACGGCUUGGACGAGGGGGCAUCCUCCUCUGCAGCCGCAUAAUUUGCCCCCGAAACCAAGCCUGGAGGAAGCGGCAGGAGGUCUCGGAGGCCUGAAAGGGAGCGUGGCCUUUCCUGUGUUUGGAAAAACAUUUUUCUCCCCUUUCACGCUGCUCAGCCUUCCCCCAGCAGCUGGGCAGAGCCGGGGAGACGCCAGCCCUCAGCUGCCUGUACAAGGGACACGCUGCAACUUCCCGUUUUGAUGACUUUUUCCCUAGGAAACCAGCUCUUUACACUGCCUGACUAAUGGCGUAUCAACAAAUCCGUUGGCUUUUAAUUAUGUCUUUUUAUACCUGUAGCCACUGUUAAACCCUGGCACUGGCAGGCUCCCCGCUCAGCCCUGCUGAAAGGUUUAUUGGUACUUUCUGAGCGUGAGCCUGGGCAGGCAGCCGGUGCGACGGUGGCUCCCAGGGACGGGAGGAUCCUCAGGUACGGUGUUGGUUUUGCACUGUGUACAUCUGGGCACCAGAAAGCCGUGCCCGGGUGGUGAAGUGCUUUUAGCAAAAAGCAGUGAAAGCCGAGCAUUUAAUGAAACUGGGAAGACUUGUCCAGCCAACUUGCCUGCUGCCUGCCUUGAAAUGAAAAUGAGUGGAAGUUUUUAGAGCAACGAGAACUCGUCAUUUCCAUAACCAAAUAAGCUCCUGUAGGAGUUGUGAUAAAUAGCGCGUAGAAAAUUCAGGUAUUCCCUAGGCAGCGAAGAUCGUCUGAUAUCUUCACCCCGAAAUGUGUGUGUAAUCCUUGGGUACCGAGCGAGGACACACCUCCCCGUCCUUGCUUGCUGUCAGCAGCAGGUUAUGUCGGUGUGACUUUGUGAGAGCAGCAGCAAGCCCAUCCAGGCGUAGGUGCUGCUUCACCCUUCGUUUGAGGGCUCUUACCCAGACCCAAGGUGGCAGAGUGAGACACGGGGCGGUGUCCGUGCGCCAUGGAAAGCAGCACGUGUUUGGGUAGGAAAGCUUUUGUCCGGAACUGCGUUAAGCUGAAACAAGAGCAAGCGAUGGCAUCCCUGGCAUUGAGCUGCUGCGCUCUGCCGGCAUCCCCGGCUGCGGUGCCCUGCGGGCAGGAGGCAGCAGCCCGGGCGGCAGCAGCAGUGCCCUGGCUGGGCACCGCAGCCCCGGGCAAGGCUGCAGGAGGUGCCCGGGGCUGCCCCGGGCUCUGCUGAUGGGCACGUGGGUUUUUAAAUGUGCUUGCUUUGGCCCAGCUGCACUGCCGUGUCCUGUGUCAGACACAGGCACGCUCUUUGCCAUCUCAGAUGUACUCCAGCUGAUAAAUCUGCGUGGCUGGUGUGGGAAUGGCAUUGCAAGCUUAGCAGCGCACGGAGUGGUCUGGAGUUAACAAGGCUUCUCUAUUGAGGACUAGUUACUUGUUCUUUUUCUUCUUUUUUUUUCCCUUCCUUUUUUUUUUUGGCAUUACAUGUUCCUGCUCUGCAAAAUCAGCUCAAUGUGCUCCCCAGGAGCAAAAAAAACCUGGUUUGUCCCUGCCCUUUCCAGCUCUCCAGCUGUUUGACAGCUGUGCUUCAGCUAGCUCAGGCUCAGCCUGGGAUAGAGCAGAGCUUUAUCGGUUGAGCUCCAAGGCGUUGAUUAGCCCAAUGGAUCUCAACAAGAUUAAAAUUGCAUCUUCCUGCAUCGAUCCCCUCCUGUGUUGGAGGGGCUGCUCCUCCAGCUGGGCUCCGCUGGAGCCCGGGGCAGGCGCAGCCGAAGGGGCCUCGGUGCAGCCGGGGGGAGGUGGUGACGGGACCUCCCAGGUUCGGGGCUAAGAGUGGCUUCAGGGGGGAUGUGUGGAGAUGCUGGGGAACACUGAAACUAUGAAAAUGAGUGGGAAUCGGUGCAAACGGUACAGGGCAAGUGUUAAUAUUUGUUAUUUAAUUGUAGAAACCUAGAUCAUGCUGUUCCUUUUCCUUCUUUUUGCUUUAUUUGCACUAGUGUUUGAAAUUUUUUUUUUUAGGCUGACUUGCUGUUUGGCUCAUAACAUGGGGUUUCAAAAAUGUUUUAAUAGUUUGGUAAGCCUAUCAAUCAUAGAGUCACUGUAUUUGGUGAUAGCGCUCUGACCUCAUUUCUGGAGAACAUCAAAUGCAGAGAGACAAUGGUUACUUCGUGCAAGGCUUCAAAACCAUGGAGUACCAAGUAUUUUUGUUGCUUGAUAAUUGCAGUUUCCUCGGGCCUGGGAUGGUAAAGCAGAAGCUGGUUGCACAAUUAGGGUUAAUUAUCCAGGAGGAGAAACUACGAGUGGCUCCAGCGCUAUUGCAACAUUCCUGUUUCUCAUUCCCACCCUCCCCGCAUCCCCAGGACAGCGUAAAGGCUGAAUGUGAGACUGAAACAAGUGUGUUCAAAGUCAAGCUGGGCUCCAGACCCAUCCGUGAUGCAGGUGGUGUUGCGGGGAGGAAUUUCUCUCCCAUCCCAAAGGACCAGGUGGAUGCAGCCAGACCUUGAUGGAACUUUGCAGCAAUUUUUAAAGCAAACUGGUAUCCCCUUAUCUCUGCUUUUGCCGCCUGGCUCUCCCACGUGGGGAUGAACGAUCCCCCGUAGCUGCUUGCUUUUGAGAAUGAAGCGUGUGCUGCGAGUUUCCCUGCUUUCCUAGAGAUGCGUGCAGGUUCGAGGUAUCUUGUGCGGAAAGAGUGGUGCGAGAGAUGGGUUUGCUCUUUUCUAUGGAAAAUCCCAAGCGGUUUCAGCUAUUUCUGUGAGUGCUGGCUAUGGAUUUCAAGUGCUCUUAGGGCCGGGGUGCCUCGCGCAGGCGAUGCUCCCUGACUCCCAUGGUGUCGGUUACCUGCCUCCCACCCCUUGCCUGUAAAUGCUGGCUGCAGGAGAUGGAACCCCUUUUCCCCUGUGUUUUUAAAUAAAGAAGGAAAUCCCA